CAAAGACAAUUUGACAGUGAGUGAGCGGUUAAGGGCUUUUGAUAAACCAAUUCUUUGACUAUAUUCUCAGGAUUCAUUCUGAGGUUUAACAGAAAUAAAAUUUGAGUAAGAUCUUGUUUUCUGAGGCUGGGGCGUUUUGAGAACGUGUGCAUAUCUACUGCAAUGGCAUCACUGACAUCUUCCAGCCGCAGAUCCUCCUCAUCCUACCGCUCAUCGUCACGUUACAGCACCUCCAGCUCCCAUCGAUCAGAGGGCUCACUGGGUGGGUCGUCUGAUUCAUUGGAUCCCCUUUUUGAGCCGUUUCUCGACUCUGCUGAUCAUUCUAGUCUGUUUGUAGAAGAGAGACCCAGUUGUUCGGCCCCCUUCAGCAGACACAGCAGAUCAUCCUAUGGACACACUGCUCCUGUAGGCGGCACUUUGACAAGCCGUCAGAGCAGCACAGGUGGCGGGGUGCGAUGUCUGGGAGACAGCUACUAUAUGUCAGCUGACGUCAGCCAGUUUGAGCCACAUGACGUAGUGGUGAUGGCCUACAACCACCGUGUUGUCAUUCAUGCCCAGAAGGUACAAGAUGAUGGAAGCAUCAGUGACACAUUCACCCAUAAGUCCCUGUUUCCGGAGGAUAUGGACCCAUUGUCGGUCAGUGGGACCCUCAACCCUGAUGGUACCCUGGUGGUGAGUGUCCGCCGGACCACGACCCUGGGUGGGCUGGAGCCCCUAGGUGUCCCCACCUUCCGCAGUGAAGCACACCUUUAACUUUGUGGCUUCAUCUUCUCACAGUAUCUUAGCUAUGUUUUUAAAUAUUAUUUUGUGUUAUUGGGUACAAUCACCGCUCAAGCCGAUAAAGGCAUUAUAAUUUAAAUGUCUUUAACUAAUUCUUUUGUUCAGCACACUUUGGUCCACUGGAAAAUAUUGCAGCAACUUCUAGGAAGAUUUCCAUGACAUUUAAAAUUAACAUUAAUGACUUGAAAAAUGAUUAUUUGUAUCAUUGAAAUUGGUGACCCCAGGACCUUUUGUCUGGCACCUGACCCCUCAUCGAUAGGGUGGGGGUUGCUGUCUGCCGCAGUGUCUUUUUUACCGGGGAGUGCCAAAGUCAGAUAUUUUUGAGUGGCUUUCAUUUUUUAUGAUGACAUACUGCACACAGACCAUGAAACCCUCCAAACGUGCAUGUUUAACUAUUAACACGUCAUAAUCAACUUUUUUAUAUGAAUCUUCUAAAUUUGUGCCAUACAGUAAAUGCCGCCAACUUUGUCUGUAGUGUCAAACUACAUUGUAUGAGGAAUUUGUCUUUUUUCAGACAUGCAAUAAAUGUGUUUUCUUUACAAUAAAACAUGUAU